AUGGUCGAAGAAUUCGAAAGACUGAAAGCGACACGAGGAGCACACAGAUCGGUUGUGACACGCCUCGAAAAGGAAGCAGAAGCCAUCAUUGUGAGCAAUGAAUGGAACAAAGAGCGCAAGGCACGGCUCGAAGUGAUCGGAAAAUUGUUAGAAAGCAAAACUGAGUUGUUGCAAACGUUGGAUAAUGAAAUCGUUGGAAAAAUAGACGUACAGGGAUUGGAAGCUGACAUUUUACAAUCAAAUGAAAUCGAACUUGGCAUAAAAUUCGUCGUUAGUAAAAUUAAGAGUUGCAUUUUAGAAAGAGAACCUUCAACCGUCAUUGAAAUUUCGCAGGAAAUUUAUCCCAGGCCUGAUGAGGAAGGAGAGGGAGAAACAGAGCCCGCAACGUCAGGGGCCGAAAGGCCUGAGCCGUUGCCCGCUUUUAGCUCCCCCUCCCGAUCUUUCAGGAACAUCGUAGCAAAGCCGAAAUUGCCAAAGCUAAACUUACAGCGUUUUAAUGGAGAUAUCGUCAAAUUCACAAGUUUUUGGGAGUCAUUCGAGAGCACAGUACAUCAAAAUGAGGAUCUGGCGAACAUAGACAAGUUCAACUAUUUGAACUCACUUUUAGAAGGGCCAGCGGCUAGAGCCAUUCAAGGGCUCCCAGUCACUGAGGCAAAUUAUGAAUCGGCCGUAAAGUUGCUUCAAGAAAGGUUUGGCAAUAAGCAGAAAAUAAUUAGUUCGCACAUGGAAGAAUUACUUAAACUACAAACGUGUUCGACAGACAGGGCUAAUCAACUUCGUACCAUCUAUGAUCGCAUCAACGUUCACGUAAGAAGUCUCGAGGCAUUAGGAAUCACAUCAGAGCACUAUGGGAGUCUCCUCAUUCCUAUUAUCAUGUCGAGAAUACCUGCUGAGAUAAGUUUGCAGAUCGCAAGACAAGUGUCAAAGGACGUUUGGUCAAUACGUGAAGUGAUGGAAGUUAUCAAACAGGAAGUUGAUGCGCGUGAAAUGAGCGAAAAUAUAAAUGUCAAGGAUCAAAGGACACCACCUGUGCAGAAAACAAGGCCACCUUUUCAAGGAACUGCGUCAUCCUUUCAUGUCAAAGGUCAAAAUCCGAUACAGUGCGUGUUUUGUGAAGGAAAACAUUACACUGCUGAGUGCACAAUUGUCACCGACUUGAAAGUUCGAAAGGAACGAUUGUACAAGUCAGGACGUUGCUUCAUUUGCUUAAGCACGAGACACUUGGCGAGAAAUUGUGACAGAAAACGAAGCUGCAGAAAUUGCGGAGGAUCCCAUCACCAGUCGAUUUGCGAUGGAGGAAAAGGAGCAAGAAAGGACCGAAGAAACAGUGAUAUACCUGAGAACCAUGACACAAGAACAGUGACUGCCACAACACAAGGAAAUGUUAAAUCGAACGUUUUGCUGCAAAUGGCACGAACGAACGCUUAUGUGGAGCCUAGAAACCAGGUACCAGUUAGAAUAUUGUUAGACUUAGGUAGUCAGCGCAGUUACAUUACCAAUGAGUUGAAGGAUAAGCUAGGGUUAACGCCUAUUUCUACAGAGGUAUUAAGUCUCAAUACGUUUGGGACUAAUAGUUAUCAGAAGCAUAAGUGUGACCUAGUUAAGUUCAAGUUAGAAACACAAGAUAAACCUGUAGAAAUAACAGCCUUAAGCCAUCCUACCAUUUGCUCUCCAUGUGCAUCUCCCAUUAACGUUGAUUGUUAUCCACAUUUACAAGGGUUAUAUCUUGCGGACAAUAAGUCAUUCAAUAACGUCAGUGAUUGUGUAUCGAUAUUAAUUGGAGCCGAUUAUUAUCAUAGUGUUGUGAAGGGUGAAGUUAUCAAGGGGGAUUCGGGUCCGGUAGCCGUUAGCAGUGAAUUUGGGUGGCUUUUAUCUGGACCCAUAACUUCACCAGGGGACUCCAACCCUAGCGGAAGUUUAAAUAGCAUUACAAAUCUCGUAAUUGCAGGUGAUGAUCAUUUUAGUUCUCCUAAUGAGGAGAUUAUCGAAUCGUUUAAAGAAAUUUGGGGGUGCGGCAUUGAUAAACCCGUCGUUAGACAUGAACCGUCAUUCGAAGAGUCUUGCAACAUUAAAAAUAACGGAGAGCGUUAUGAGGUAAAUCUGCCUUGGAGACAUGACAUCGUUGAGCCUGUUUUCGAUAGUAAAUAUACGUUAUGCCUUAAUCGUUUGGUUGCUUCACAGGAACGUUUUAAAAGGGAUCCAGAACUUUUUCGCAAGUACAAUGAAAUCUUUCAAGAGCAGCUUAACAACGGUAUUAUAGAAAGGGUCCCAGCUGAGCUAGAAAACAAGGAAGAUGUAGAAUUUUUACCACAUCACGGAGUAGUUCGGGCAGACCGUGAGACUACUAAGCUUAGAAUAGUUUACGAUGGUAGUGCAAAAUCAUCAUCAAAUCAUUUAUCACUAAAUGAACGUCUCAUGAACGGGCCUAAUUAUCUUCCUUAUUUGUUGGAUGUAUUACUUCGAUUUAGGUGUCAUUCAUAUGCUCUUACAGCAGACAUAGAAAAGGCCUUCUUACAAGUGGAAAUUAGAGAAAGUGAUCGUGAUAAAUUGCGUUUUUUAUGGUUUAGUGACAUUGAGUCAGAUAAACCGUCCGUAAUCCAGUUUCGAUUUUGUCGUCUUCCAUUUGGGUUACGCCCUUCUCCAAGCAUCCUUGGCGCUACAAUAAGGAAACAUUUGGAAGGGUACGUUGCACGUUUUCCAAAAACUGUAGAAGUUUUAGGCCGUUUGUUUGUGGACGAUUUAUCGUGCAGUACCAAAACAUCGGACAGCGCCUUGGAUAUUGCUCGCACGUCUAAAACAAUAUUGGCUGAAGGGGCUUUUAAUUUGCGGAAAUUUAAUUCUAACUCAGCAGAAUUGCGAAAACAACUAACAGUUGAGUUAGAAUGUGAGAGUAAUUCCAAAUCCAAGACGACAAUGGGCAAAGAAAUAGAACAGAAUGAAACUCAAUUACAAGAGGAAGAUUCUUCGUUUGCCAACACAAUGGUAGGUAUUCAUACUACUAAUAAGAUUUUAGGCAUAAAUUGGGACAAUGAUUCUGACGAAUUGUAUUUCCAGUUUAAUGAUGUUAUUUCUUACGGAAAAAGUUUGCCUGUAACAAAACGUUCACUUUUGAAGUUAUGUGCAAAAUUGUUUGAUCCAUUAGGUGCACUUAGUCCAUUCAUCGUGCGAAUGAAGGUAGCCUUUCAAACACUUUGUUUAGAAGGAAUAAACUGGGAUGAAGGUUUGCAGGGGGGUGCACGUUUUCAGUUUUAUUCCUUCCUAAGGGAGCUAGAAAGCCUAUCCUCAGUUCGUAUUCCCAGGUGUUAUUUUAACAAGACAGAAAUAAGUAAUAUAGAAUUACAUGGAUUUUCUGAUGCUAGCGAACAGGCUUACGGUUGUGUAAUUUAUAUCAGGAUAGAGUAUGAAGACGGUACUCUGGUAACUCGUUUUGUAACAUCUAAGGCAAAGGUAGCACCCUUGUCACGUCAAACAAUUCCAAGGCUGGAAUUAAUGGGUGCUCAUUUAUUAGCUCAACACAUUAGUAACGUGAAGGAAGUCCUUUCAGAGGAGUUGGGUAUGAACUCCUUCACUACAACAUUAUGGGUGGAUUCGUACACGGUUUUGUGCUGGAUUUGUAACGAUAAACCGUGGAAACAAUUCGUAAGAAAUAGGGUACAACAAAUAAAUCGUUUAACUGAUAAGAGUCAAUGGCGUCAUUGUCCAGGAGUCCAAAAUCCGGCUGAUUUACCCUCCCGGGGGUUGGGCGGGAAGGACCUUGCCCAGAAUCGUCUUUGGUGGGAGGGACCAGAAUUUUUAAAAUUACCCGCUAGUGAAUGGCCAGAUAAUAUGGUAAACAAUUGCAGUGAAGAAUACGAAGCGUAUCGUGAAGUCGUAAAAAACCCACCAGAAGUAACCUACACGCUUGCAGUCAAAGGGUCGAAUAAUGAUAUACACGUCGGAAAGGUUCUAGAAAUGAAUCGAUUCAGUAAUAAAGCUAGACUUUUGAGAGUAGUUGCAUAUGUCUUAAGAUUCAUUUCGAAUAUUCGUAAAUCAAUCAAGGGACUUGAAAAUUCUACGGAUGAGCUUACGGUUGAAGAAAAAAUUGAGGCAGAAAAAUUAGUUAUUCGUUCCGUUCAAGAGGAGGUAUUUGUUGAUGAAAUAUCGUAUCUUAAGCAUGCUCCAGCCAGAAAACAGGUUAGGCCUCCUACUCUUGUGUCCCAAUUCAAUCUAUUUAUAGAUAAAGAUGGUAUAGUAAGAGCUAAAUCGCGUUUAAAACAUGCCUCAUUAUCGUUGGACACUGUACAACCAAUUUUAUUACCUACUAGACACUGGUAUUCUACCUUAAUCGUAAAGGAGUAUCACGAGAAGGUCUUUCACAAUGGGGUGAGAGAAACAUUAUGUGCUUUAAGGAGUAGGUAUUGGAUACUCCGGGGGAGAGAGGUCGUUAAGCGUUUACUUAAAACAUGUAUCCUCUGUAGAAGGCUUGAAGGCCUUCCGUACAGUACUAUUCCGUGUUUAGAUCUCCCUAAGUAUAGAGUCGAUGAUGGUCCACCGUUUUCAAACAUAGGCUUAGAUUUUGCUGGGCCGUUAUACGUGUCGCAAAAUAAGUCUAAGCAACAGUCAAAAAUGUACAUUUGCUUGUUUACAUGCUUGUCCACCAGAGCAGUACAUCUUGAAUUAGUGGAGAGCCUAGAUGUUGAUACGUUUUUUAAGGCAUUCAGACGUUUUAGUGCCAGGAGAGGCUUGCCUAGAAGGAUACUAUCUGACAAUGCUAAGACAUUUCAAGCAGCCUCGAAGGAAGUUAAGAAAAUUCUUCUUUCUAAGGUUGUACGAGCUCAGCUUGCAGGGAAGGGCGUUGUUUGGCAGUUUAUCGCCCAAAGAGCCGCGUUCUGGGGAGGUGUAUGGGAAAGGAUGGUGAGGUCCGUCAAGCGUUGUCUUAGGAAAAUAAUAGGCAGAGCCUCACUUACAUUCGACGAAAUUAGUACUAAUUUGGUAGAGGUUGAAUCGGUAAUCAACUCAAGGCCUAUCACAUAUGUGUACGACGAUACCGAUGGUAUAUCAUAUGCGUUAACUCCGUCACACCUUAUUUAUGGUCGACGUAUUUUAGAUGAUCCUAAUGACAGUUUGUUCGAAAUUGUAAGUACACAAGAAUCUUUAACUCGGAGAGCAAAAUAUCACCGAAAAAUACUUAAUGAUUUUUCAAGGCGUUGGAAGGAGGAAUAUUUGUCGAGUUUGCGUGAAAUCGUUAGUUCUAAGAAGUUAGACGUAAAGCCACAAGUCUCUGUAGGUGAUAUUGUUGUCUUAUAUGAUGAGCAGUCGAAGCGUAAUUUUUGGAAAAUCUGUAAGGUAGAAGACCUCAUAAUCGGUAAUGAUAAGAAUGUCCGUGCUGCCAAGGUCAAGGUCCCAAAUAAGAAGGGUACAUCUAUUUUAACCAGGUCGUUAAAACAUCUUAUCCCGCUAGAAGUUCAACUUAGUGAAUGUAGUUCAGAAAAUAAAACUGAUAGUACUAGGUUAGAAACUGUACCAGACAAAGACCAAGCAGAGAUUAGUGUAUCUAGUAGAAAGGCAAAAAGAAACGCUGCUAUAAUCGGAGAAAUUAGAAGAAGAGACGAUUGUUAUUAA